AUGGCAGCCGUUGAAGUCCAUCAGUUCGCUCAGUGCAUCACUUGCCACGCUUGGAGCGCCGAUCGCUCUAUGAUUGCAUUUUGUCCAAAUAAUAACGAAGUUCACAUAUAUAGCUUGUCCCAAGACAAGUGGGAGAAGGUCCAUGUUCUACAAAAGCAUGACCAGAUUGUUUCUGGAAUAGAUUGGAGUGCGAGAUCAAACAGGAUUGUUACCGCAUCUCAUGAUCGAAAUUCAUAUGUCUGGAACCAAGAAGGAUCAGAAUGGGUACCUACCCUUGUUAUACUCAGGCUAAACCGUGCUGCACUUUGCGUGCAGUGGAGUCCAAGAGAGAACAAGUUUGCAGUUGGAAGUGGGGCUAAAACUGUUUGUAUAUGCUACUAUGAGCAAGACAACAACUGGUGGGUCAGUAAACUUAUCAGGAAAAGACAUGAUUCCUCAGUGACAAGUGUUGCUUGGCAUCCUAAUAAUAUCCUUCUUGCGACAACAUCUACAGAUGGAAAAUGUCGAGUGUUUUCCACCUUUAUUAAAGGUGUUGAUACAAGGGACUCAAAAGCUGGCUCUGUCUCAGAUGCAAAAUUUGGAGAGCAAAUUGUUCAGCUUGAUCUCUCCUUUUCGUGGGCAUUUGGUGUGAAGUGGUCUCCCAGUGGCAAUACUUUGGCUUACGUAGGACAUAAUUCCAUGAUAUAUUUCGUUGAUGAUGUUGGUCCAUCUCCAUUGGCCCAGAACGUUGCAUUUCGCGAUUUACCUCUCCGUGAUGUCUUAUUUGUUUCUGAGAAAAUGGUCAUAGGAGUGGGAUUUGACUGCAACCCUAUGGUUUUUGCAGCAGAUGAAAGAGGAAUAUGUUACUUGGUAGAAGCAGGUGCUCUAUUAGAUCACUUAAGUGGGAGUACAUAUAUAGAAUAUCAGUUUUCUGAAGCUUUUGGAAAAUUUUAUGGCCAAUCAAAGCAUGGAGUAAGCAAUGAUGCCAUUGAACCUUCCAGGUCACGUGGAGGCGUUCAUGAUAAUUGCAUAAUGUAA